GUGGUUGGUUCAUCAGGGGCAUUUUCUUGUGCUUUCACGUUUCAUAACGCAGAGCUCCAUAGGUUUUAAAUUGAGCUAGCGUUACCUACAGAAGAUAGACUGUUAAAAUGCCGUUGGAUUUAAGUCAGUGGACUGGAGCUCUCGCUCUGCCCGAAGUGGAAGUGAAGCCAGCUCAAGUUCUCGUCGUGAAGUAUGAGUCUCUCGAAAUUGAUGAAUUGGGAAAAGUCCUCACGCCUACCCAGGUCCAGAAUCGACCCACAUCUAUUGAAUGGAAUGGUUGCGAUCCUGGUAAAUUAUACACGUUGGCCAUGACCGACCCAGACGCCCCAAGCCGAAAAGACCCCAAGUUCAGGGAGUGGCAUCAUUUUCUUGUGGUUAACAUGAAGGGAAAUGAUAUUGGAAGUGGGUGUGUUAUGUCUGACUAUGUUGGGUCUGGACCUCCAAAAGGAACGGGUCUCCAUCGCUACGUCUGGCUGGUUUACGAGCAGUCAGGUGAGCUCAGCUGCUCUGAGCCUGUGCUGACGAACUGCUGUGGCGACAACCGUGGGAAAUUCACCAUCCAGGCUUUCCGCAAGAAGUACGGGCUGGGAGACCCGGUCGCCGGGUCCUGUUACCAAGCGGAAUGGGAUGACUAUGUUCCAAAGCUCUAUGAGCAGCUGGCUGGAAAGUAACGAGAAAGAGCACUUCCAACAAAUAGCAUAGACAAGUGUAUCCCAUAAACUAUCCUAUUCUGCCUUUCUCCUCAGGGUGUGCCAUUACGGUCAUACGUCCAAUUCAUUUACAGUUAGCUCAUUUCAUUCAUGACAGAACCUUUUGUUUAUUAACAUUUGUUCACUCCAGUGGUUGUAACUGAAAGAAGCAUUGAGAAUUUCCUCUGGCAAUUGAAUUGCUUGCACUAUAAAGGAUGAAUUAAAACAACACAAAUACAAUCAAGCUUUGAAACA